AUGGACGACUUCGCCACCAGGACAUAUGGAACCAGCGGAGGUCUGGACAACAGGCCUCUGUUCGGGGAGACAUCAGCCCGGGAUCGAAUUAUAAAUCUUGCAGUUGGUGGAUCCACUUCACUGGUUGUUCUGGUGACAAUUAUCAGCUCUUUUGUUUUUCCUUCCCCACCACCACGACCGUUAAAUAUAUUUUUUGCAGUGUGCAUCUUAUUGACAUGCGGAUCCACCAUAGUGCUGAUAUUUUGGUACAGACAGGGUGAUCUGGAACCUAAAUUCAGGAAACUGAUUUACUAUAUGCUGGCUUCCAUAGUGCUGCUAUGUUUAUGUGCCAAUUUAUACUUUCAUGAUGUCAAUAAAACGUAG